GAUUGUCGUGUUUUGUUUGCGCUUGUAUAACCACGAUGUGUUUGCUUCUCCGCGUUGAGCAAAUCCCGGACAUCAUGAGAUUGUGUUGCGUUUCUGGACCGUGCGGGGGCCUUACACCUUGUUGCUGUGUUUUGGAUGUUGGAGAUAUCCAUGAACAGGUAAAGGAUUAGAAAAAGAGCAGAGACCGAGCCCGGGAGAGCCGAGUGGAAUGAUGGUUGAGUAUGAACGGAGUUGAGGAUGAAGGGUAUAUAAGGAUGGAAAGGGAGCAAAUUUCUGAGUCUCAUCAUCAACUUAAUCACUUCAACUUCCACAAUAAUAAAAAUUCAGCCCGUCUUCAAACACUCGCAAUGGCUCCCGUUCUCAAGAAGUACAAGGCCGCCGCCGUCAACGCUGAACCCGGCUGGUUUAACUUGGAGGAAUCCGUCCGCCGGACCAUCCACUGGAUCAACGAAGCCGGUGAAGCUGGCUGCAAGUUCAUUGCCUUCCCGGAGCUCUGGAUUCCCGGCUACCCCUACUGGGCCUGGAAGGUGACCUACCAAGAGAGCCUCCCCCUCCUCAAGGCCUACCGCGAGAACAGUCUUGCCUCGGACUCAGAUGAGAUGCGCCAGAUCCGUGCUGCUGCCCGCACGAACAAGAUCUUCGUUUCUCUGGGCUACUCCGAGCUGGACUUGGCCAGCCUCUACACCACACAGGUGCUCAUCUCGCCCACGGGCGAGGUGAUUAACCACCGUCGUAAGAUCCGCGCUACUCACGUUGAGCGCCUUGUAUUUGGAGAUGGAACCGGUGACACUACCGAGUCUGUUGUACAGACUGAGAUUGGUCGUGUUGGACACUUGAACUGCUGGGAGAACAUGAACCCGUUUAUGAAGUCGUAUGCGGCUUCGCUGGGCGAGCAGGUUCAUGUUGCUGCUUGGCCUUUGUAUCCGGGUAAGGAGACGUUGAAGUAUCCGGAUCCGUUUACCAAUGUUGCUGAGGCGAACUGUGAUCUCGUGACUCCCGAGUAUGCCAUCGAAACCGGCACCUUCACCCUGGCUCCGUGGCAGACUAUCACGGCCGAAGGAAUCAAACUUAACACCCCUGCUGGUCGGGACUUGGAAGACCCUAACAUCUACAACGGCCAUGGCCGUAUCUUCGGCCCUGACGGUCAGAACUUGGUUCCUCACCCCGACAAGGAAUUUCAGGGUCUUCUUUACGUUGACAUCGACCUCGAUGAAUGCCACCUGUCCAAGUCGUUGGCUGAUUUUGGCGGUCACUACAUGCGCCCCGACCUUAUCCGCCUGCUUGUUGACACCAACCGCAAGGACCUGGUUGUCCGGGAAGACCGGGAGAAUGGAGGUGUUGCCUACACCAAAACCAUUGACCGGGUCGGAUUGACGGUUCCUUUGGAUGAAGAGUAAACUUACCACUUUAUACAGGGCUAGUUGAAUCUCCUCUCAUGUAUCAUGUAACAUAGAAACAUAGCAAUACAUUCUCUGCUACAAAGCUACACUUAGACUACAG